AACCCCUCAGUGUCACCAAUGGUUGACCUUAGCUCUGUCCCACCUCAUUGAGAUCCACUAUAAAUAUAAAGUGAGAUGUUAGUGGGGGGAAGGUUACUAUAGACAGAAGAAGUCUGGUGAUACUACCACUGGCCAGAGGUCCUGAUUAUCUACCCUGAACGAGAACUGAAAAGACACGACGAAGAGAAGGAAGAUAAAACUAGACACACAGCAUAAAGAUGGGAGACCCAGUCCAAUUAAAAGAUGAGGGAAACACACACUUUCAGGCAGGAGAUAUUGACAAGGCCAUUGAAUGCUACACUAGUGCCAUUAAGGAGUGCAAAGACAAAAAAAUGCUGGCUGUGAUUUACAGGAACAGAUCUGCAUGCUACCUAAAGAAGGAGAAUUAUGCCAAUGCAGCAUCUGAUGCAUCUAAAGCAAUUGAUGUCGAUGCAGCAGAUGUUAAAGCCCUGUAUCGCCGCUGCCAAGCUCUGGAAAAGCUGGGAAAACUUGACAUGGCCUUCAAGGAUGUGCAGAGAUGUGCCACCAUUGAACCGAAGAACAAGACCUUCCUGGAAACUCUCCGCAGGCUGGGAGCAGAAAUUCAGUCCAAGCUCAAGUCGACAUUCUCCACUGACUCAAGAGUACAAAAUAUGUUUGACAUUCUCCUUGAUGAGGAAAUGGAAAAGGACAAAAAAGAAAAAGCUGCCAACAACUUGAUUGUGCUUUCGAGAGAAGACGCUGGAGCAGAGAGAAUCUUCCAGAAUAAUGGUGUACCCCUGCUGCUCAAUAUGAUAGAGACAGGCAAAGUAGAAAUGAUCCUAGCGGCAGUCCGUACUCUGUCAGGAAUGUGUACGGGACACAAAGCUCGGACCAUGGCCAUCGUUAACAUGGUGGGGGUUGAUAAGCUCUGCAGCAUCAUGGCACUUGACAAUGAGGAAAUCGCUCUGGCAUCCUGCAACCUCUUCCAGUGCAUCAAUGACUCCCUUACUGGAGCAGACUCCAGAGAAUAUGGGAAAGAGGCAUCCCUGGUUUUGGAUGCAUCCAAAGACCUGAAAACUAUUCUACUUGCUCUGUUGGAGAUGGUUGCCAAUGCAAAGGUGUCUGGUCACGGCAGAGACCAGGCGCUGAACCUCCUGACCAGGAACGUGCCUCGCAAAGACAAGAAAGAGAAAGACCACUCCAAGAGCCUCUUCACUGUUGAUCACGGUCUGAAGAAGAUCCUCAAAGUUUGUGGUCAGGUUUCCGAACUGCCAGACCAGCUAUCUAUGACCGAGAACACACAGCUGAUUGCUAGCGUGCUCCUCAACAAGCUCUAUGAUGACCUUAAAUGUGACCCGGAGAGAGACAAUUUCAGGGACAUUUGUGAUGAAUAUGUAAAGUACGUCCUUAAAAAAAGGAACCAGGAGUUUGAUGAUGUCAUAUCAAAGAGAUCCAAAAUUGACCCCAACAACAUGGACAAGACCCUUCAUGCUAUCAACACCAUUUCAGGGCUCUUGCAGGGUCCCUUUGAUGUUGGUAAUGCUCUAGUUGGACGACAGGGCAUCAUGGAGAUGAUGGUGGCCCUUUGUGGCUCUGAACGUGAGGUGGACCAGAUGGUUGCCGUGGAAGCCCUGAUCCAUUCCUCCACAAAAAUGAGCCGUGCCAGCUUCAUUAUCACCAACGGUGUGUCGCUGCUGAAGGACAUCUACAAAAAGACAAAGAAUGAGAAGAUCAAAAUCCGCGCUCUGGUGGGUCUGUGCAAACUGGGUUCAGCUGGAGGUGAUGAUUACAGCUUAAGGCAGUUUGCUGAGGGCUCCACAGAGAAACUGGCCAAGCAGUGCAGAAAGUGGCUCUGUAACCCUCAGAUUGAUACCAAAACAAGGAAGUGGGCCAUCGAAGGUCUUGCUUAUUUGACAAAUGAUGCUGAUGUGAAAGAUGACUUUGUGGAAGAUGAGCCUGCAUUGAAAGCCAUGUUUGAACUGGCUAAGUCCAGGGAUAAAACUAUCUUAUAUGCAGUUGCUUGCACCCUGGUGAACUGCACUAACUGCUAUGAAAAGAAGGACAUCCUCCCCGAGCUGGUUCAACUUGCCAAGUUCUCAAAACAACAUGUACCUGAGCAACACCCCAAGGACAAGAAGGACUUUAUUGAGAAGAGAGUGAAAAGGUUGCUGAAGGCUGGAGUCACAUCAGCUCUGGCGGUGAUGGUCAAAGCAGACAGCUCCAUCUUGACUGAUCAGACCAAGGAGAUGCUGGCAAGGGUUUUCCUUGCAUUGGCAGCAGAUCCAAAAGAUCGUGGUAUAAUUGUUGCCCAAGGUGGUGGAAAGGCUCUGAUACCACUUGCUCUGGAAGGCACAGAUGCCGGAAAGGUGAAAGCCAGCCAUGCCCUUGCCAAAAUAGCAGCCGUGUCCAACCCAGAAAUCGCCUUCCCCGGUGAGAGGGUGUAUGAGGUGGUGCGGCCUUUGGUCAGCCUUCUUCAAACAGACAAAGAUGGAGCGCAGAACUUUGAAUCUCUGAAAGGCCUCACCAACUUUGCUGCCUUCAGCGAAAAACUAAGAACCAAGAUAGUGAAAGAGAAGGCUCUGCCAGAGAUUGAGAACCACAUGUUUGAGGAGAAUGAGAAGAUCAGACUGGCUGCCACUGAGUGCAUGUGCAACCUUGUGACAUGUAAAGAGGUUCAAGAUCGUUAUGUGGAGGAUGGCAAUGAUAAGCUGAAGCUGCUGGUGUUGCUGUGUGGGGAAGAUGACGACAAGCUUCAGAUAGCUGCAGCAGGAGCUUUGGCCAUGAUCACCGCAGCUCAGAAGAAGCUCUGCACUAAAAUCACCGUGGUGACGGCUCAGUGGCUGGAGAUCCUGCAGAGGUUAUGUCUCCAUACCAACCCUCACAUCCAGCACCGUGGAAUUGUCACUGUCUACAACAUGCUCAACGCUGAUGACAGCGAGCUGGCCAAGAAGCUGAUGGAGAGUGAGCUGCUGGAAAUCCUCUCAGUGAUUGGAAAAGCUGAAGACAAUCCCAAGAGGCAAGACCCCAUCGAUGCAGCACGUGCAUGCCUCGUCAGAGCCAUGGAUCUGGGCCUCAUUAAGCCCUUCAGCACCCCUUCCUAAAGUCCAGGCCACAAGAAAACUAACAACAGCAAAGGAGCUCUUUUUUCCUCGAUCGCAUAGAGGCUUUGUAUCCAUUUACUUUUUAUUAACUAAAUCUCUAAAAUAUAACUAAUAAAAGUUUCAAUUUGUAUAUUAUUUUCAUUCUUUUUUAUUAUAAUUUUUCUAAAAGGUUGACUUUGUAAAGCUUGGGUGGUGGGGACUUUGUUUGUUCCGCUUUGUAACCCAUGUAAAAUGUUUUGAGAAUAACUUUGUUUCUACUGUGUGCUCUUGUUUGUGUGGUUGGAUGAGUCAAAAUAUACAAAUCAAAUGACUCAGAGUUGCAUUUGUCUUUUUAUAACUCACUGUAUACCCAAAUUCCUCAGAGUAACUGGAUAUAGAAAUAAAAAAGUGACCAUCUGUUUGGUCAACCCGCAAACCUAAUGUUACCCCGUAACCUGUAACCUAAAACUUGGAUCUGAAGUAUUUUAGACUGAAACUUACAAAGAUGUAAAUUUGAAUGUAUUUGAAGUGAGUUUGAAAUCAGCGUAAAUUGGAAUGAUGGUCAUUAAGCUCCACAUGAAACUCAUACUAAGUCAUACUUUCACCUCUUCAGGUUAAAUAAAUUGUCCUUAUGACCUCUCUCUUAAUCUUAAUCAUUUCUUCUUUGGAACUAAGAAUUGUUUUACCACCAAAAAAAAUUAAAUUACCAAAAUGUCUUUUUGCCUACCAUGAUAGCACGUCAGGCUGAAGUUGGCUAAAUUUAAAUGAGAUUGUUAAAGUGAUCAUUAUUCUCUGAGACAAAAAAGGCAUCCCACAAUGAAACCAUUCCAACUUUGGGCUGAGGUUGAAGAAAUAUUUAAAAUAUAUAUCUCUCCUCUUUCGCUGUUUGAAAGUUGAGUUGAGAGAAAGUUGAAAAAAAGGUUUCUCACACUUUAAAAACAAAACAAUCUAAAAUGCUGCAAAUCAUUUUUAUGUAGAGCUAGUACCCCAGUGGAGCGAGAGUCCCCUCACACAUUAUUAUGUUUGACUCAAAUCUCCCUGUGUUACCAAACUAUUCAAAAAUCGUAUUCAUAUUUGAUACGAAUAUCUUGUUUGUUGAACUUUACAGGUGCCAAACCGAGAUAGAGUUUUUGUUGUUCUUCUGCUAGAGGGAGCUAUUUCAUCAUGUAAAAGCUGUUAAAUGUCUGCUGUAAUCAACUGAUUUACUCUGAUGAAGAUGAAAAAUCCAACAAAGGGUUUACUCAGCAAGAUGAUGGUAAAUUGUCUAAGAAUCAUCAUGGUGGUUAUAGAAGCUGGUAAGAUGACACCUUGAUCAUUGGAUUAAAAGGAUUUAUAUAAUGGAAUUAAUAAUGUUUAAUGAUGU